AUGGAACCUAUCAGCAGCCCGCCAACAACCGCAAACCCGUCUACUGAAGGCGAACCUGUUGUUCAAGACCAGGCUCAGCAGGCUGUCAUAGCCGCAAACUCCGACUCGCUCUCACAACCCAUCAUUGGCGCAUCCGAAUGGUCACAUCAAGCUGUCACAGCAGGCCCUGUUGAGAAUAAACAAACCGACGAGAACGAGCUGGACUGGCAGGAGAUGCCCGCUUUUGCGACGCACACCAUAUACGAUGAUUGGGGUAAAGUCGUUGCGCGCGAGGUAGCCGAACUUGAGGAAGAGGACUACGCAUACGGAAACGCUGCUGCUAAGGGGUAUACAAGAGUCCAGCUUGACGAUGAUGUUCAAUCUGCUACAAGUUUGGAUGAAGAUACAGCCUAUCUCUUCAAGCCUGACGCUGGUGCCAACACCUUGGACGAGGACGAUAGCCGUGAUGUUCUGUCACAGAUGCAGGCUACGAAAGAUCUCCUCACCGAGGGUCAACGUAUCGCAUAUGUUGGUCUUGUACGUGUCUCCAUGUACCAGAUGACAAAGUACCUCGAAGGACUCGAGAAGACCCGAUCCACAAAGAAGCAACUCGAUGUCGCAAUCGAGUCGAUGCAGAUGUGGGGUCAGAAGAUGAUGGUUCGCCUUUACAGCCACAUGGAUCUGAAUGCCGCAGAGCAGAUCAUGAUAGAACAGUUGGCCGAGCACGGCGUAGAGCCUGCAGAUCUAACAGGUCCCCUGAUGCAGAACGCUCGGGUCAAGAAUCCCACAAAACCCAAGGAUGAGACUACCGAUUCACCACAACUUUCAGACUCCCAAUCUUUGCGCUCGCCAAACCUGAGCGGUCCAUCAACUCCAUCAAUACCUCCGCCGUACGAGGAAGAGAUACCUCCAGACUACUCUGUCAAAGACCCAUCCGAGCUACCCGAUACGAAGAACAUUGAUAUCGACCUCCGCUGGACCGUUCUGUGUGAUCUUUUCCUGGUGCUAGUUGCUGACAGUAUAUAUGACGGUCGUUCUAGAGCUCUGCUAGAAUUGGUUGGAAACGCUCUGUCAGUAGACUGGCUCGAGAUUUGCCGAUUUGAGAAACGAAUUACAGAUGCUUUGGAGAUGCAGCAAGAAGCUGACAAGGAGAACUGGAACGAAGAAGAACACACCGACAAGCGUCAGAAAAUGGCACGGAAUAGGAGACUGGUCAUGAUGGGCUUGGCCACCGUUGGUGGUGGUCUUGUCAUUGGUUUGAGUGCUGGUCUGCUAGCACCCGUCAUUGGUGCUGGUCUUGCUGCUGGCUUCACAACUAUCGGUGUCGCUGGAACGAGUACCUUCCUCGGAGGUGUCGGUGGUGCAGCCCUUAUCACUUCUAUCGGUGUUACCACUGGAGGCACUAUCGCCGUACGUGCAAGCAACAGGCGAACGGGUCCCGUAAAAACAUUUGAGUAUCGGCCGCUUCACAAUAACAAGCGUGUCAACUUGAUCGUCACUGUAGCCGGAUGGAUGACAGGCAAGGUUGAUGAUGUCCGUCUACCUUUCAGUACAGUCAAUCCUAUCAUGGGCGAUAUCUACAGUGUGCAUUGGGAGCCAGAGAUGUUGCAAAGCAUGGGUCAAACCAUCAACAUUCUUGCGACCGAAGCUCUCACCCAAGGACUCCAACAAAUUCUUGGCAGUACACUUCUCACUGCUUUGAUGUCUGCUAUGUCGCUGCCACUUGUGCUCACGAAAUUAUCAUACCUUAUCGAUAACCCUUGGAGUGUAUCAAUGGCUCGCGCUGACAUGGCAGGUCUGAUUCUCGCUGACUCGCUCAUUGAUCGCAAUUUGGGCGUUCGACCUGUCACGCUUGUAGGUUUCUCUCUCGGCUCUCGUGUCAUCUACGCCUGUCUGAGAGAGCUUGCGAAUCGCGGAGCAUAUGACAUCGUCCAGAAUGUUUACGUCUUCGGUAGUCCAGUGGUUUUCAAGAAGGAUGAUUAUAUCAAGGCUAAAUCAGUCGUGGCUGGUCGAUUCGUCAAUGGCUAUGCGACAAAUGACUGGAUCCUGGGUUACUUGUUCCGUGCUACUGCGGGAGGUAUCAUGCGAAUUGCUGGACUGGCUUCGGUUGAUAUUCCUGGUGUUGAAAACUACAAUGUAACGGAAACUGUUGCCGGUCACAUGGCAUAUCGUAAAGCUAUGCCGAAGCUUCUCAAGGAAGUUGGCUGGGUAGUCGACAGCGAGGAAUUCUCAGAAAUCGAGGACCCCGAUCCGGACAACCACGAAAAGAGACAGCGAGAGCUCAUCAAUGAGAUCGAAGAGGCCAGAAAGGCACUUGAAAAGAAACCCGAGAAGAAGGGCUUCAAAGCACUCUUCAGCCGAAACAAGAAGAACGCCGAGAAGAAGGAGUGGGAAACAUACGACGAGAAGAUCAAGGCCGGACCCGCCGAAGAUGCCGCUGACGGUACAAAUCUUGGAACUCUUUUCGACAUUGAUGCUCUCCAACAUGAGGUAGCAGCAUUGGCAGCGCAGGGCAUCGAAAUCAAAGAGAUCAAAGGAACGUUACCACCUAUGAAAAUCGACACUACAGCCAAUCCUGCUGUUGGCGACAGUUUGAAGAGCCCGCCCUUCUUGAGACAAACCAAGAGCUUUAGUGGCUUCUCAGAUGGAGCUAGAGACUCCUCGAGCAGUAGCAUUGCUCAAACCGUGGAGAAUGGUAAAGCUAAGCAACACGAUUACGAUGAAUUCGAGUACAAUGCGCAGCAUGACUCUGAGAUAUCAAUGACGUUUGAAAGCCCUGAGAGGCCCCGUCCUACGUUUGGAGAUCGCAAACUCUCAUCACAUGGGUCGCCUGUGCUCUCUCCCACAGCAUCACAGUUCCCGAUAAGACCUGCGCUGCAAUCUUCGAAUACGAUGCCUGUGUCUAACCGAUCGGUGUCCAACAACACUCCCAUGUCUUAUGAACGCAAUGCAUGGGCAGACGACGACGAUGAGUUUGGAAAAGAAAAGGAGAUGUCGAUGACGUUUGAGUAG